CAGAUAGCUGAAAUGCUCGCCCACACAUUGACCAAAGAAAAAAGAAACAAACAUUACUAGUCCUCUGACGCGUUCCCACAGAGGGUAUCCACACCAUGGCAAGCGACGCGAUGUCAACCCAGAAGUUCAUGCAGGUUCGGGUUGUAUGAUGCGUCAUCGGACUAGGCACGCUCCGAUGCCUACACCCGUGCUUUCAUGGCGUCGUAGAGCAUCUUGAAUGGGUGAAGCUGCUAGACUACUACCAUCUAAACACUGAUACUUCCCGCCAUGCGUACGCGCCUCUAGCACGUCUCCGGCAUCCGUCAGUCUCGCCAUGAAGUGUUGAUGAUCGCGUCUAGGGCUCUCGCCAAGACUUGCACGGUACCGGGAGACGGCUAUCUCAAAAGCUCCUUAUUCACUACCCCGGGUGGCUCCACUCAUGGCCGCCGUCCAUGCUCAACCCACGAGUGCACACGAUGCCAACGACCAGGCUCUAUGGCCUCAAGCCCCCGUGCAGCUCCAAAGAGGGCGGCAGCCAAAGGACUCACAGGCCAAGAUCGUGUCCUUUGGCCCUGUGCGCUCCCUCGACCAAUUCGAGACGUCGUUGCGCGAAUACUUGAGGAGUCCUCCCAAGGAGCCUGAGCACACCGAGGCCCAAUUCGCCUUCGAUAUCGACACGUCCUUCGUAGUCCCGUCGGCGACUAAGCAGACCCCGUCGCAGCAGCCUCAGCAGGCAACUCAGCCGCAGCCACCGCCACCGCAACGACAACAACAACCCCACCUCGCACAUCAAUACAGCCAUGCAUCACCCGGCUACCAGUCAUCGCAUUUCCCCGCGCAGUACCAGUCCCUCUCGGACCCAUCUGUCGCGCUGGGGCACAACUAUGCCGAGUCUAUCGAACCCAACAAUGGCGCGCCCAAGACGGCGGAGCAGAAAGUCGCAUUGAGCGUCAGGGAGGCUUUGCAGCCAACGCCGGAUCCCAAGGAGAAGAUGCGCAAGCAGAGGGCGGUGGCCAAGUGCUGCGUGGACACGAUACAGCGGAUCGACGGAUACCGCUACAGCUUCCAUAACUGCUGGAACAGCAGGGAGGACGACAGCUUCCGCUUCUCCUACUACUGCAACGACUCGCUGCUCAACAAGGAUCGCGCUGCCAACGGCAAGGGCGCCAAGCUGGGAAAGCGUGCCACGAAACCUGUCUACGACUGCAAAGGCGUCUUGUCCAUCAAGUUCUCGGCCACCAAACAGACGCUCGACGUCUUCUACAAGCAUGUGCCCAUACACAAGACAUACGAAGAGCGUGCCCCGCCGCCACGGAAGGACUCGAAACGGCGCAAGUAUCUUGAGGAGAACGAUCCAGAGGCGCUGGCCAGGCUCGCAAGCCGCUCGAGGCAGCUCAGCAGCGAAGACCCCGACACGCCCAGGGUGUUGAAGAAGAAGCGGUCCGACCCUCCACCAGAGCCCCCGAGGCCCUUCAACACAAUCGAGAGCGAUUUGAGGCAACAGAGUCUGCGUUCGUUGUUGGAGCUGAUCCAGCCACCUGCAGAUUCACAGCAUACAAUCAUCGAAACUCCACCACCACCUCCUCCCCCGCCUCCGCCUCCACAAAGACCCCACCCUGGACCACGCCCUACACUACAUGUCGAAACGCAAUCCAUAGCAGCACCACAGCGAAAGCGACCGAGAAACAGCUGCGACGUCUGCAAGACAAAGAAGACCAAGUGCGAUGGUGCAAGACCUACCUGUUCAACCUGUAACGACAAGAAACGGGUGUGCUUCUACUCUGAGCCAGCCAACGGCGAGGAUCAGCGCCCACCUACAGAUACCCCUGAACCCUCACGUCGGUCUGCGAACAAUGGCAUGUCCGAGCUCGAGAUGCUGAAGAAAGAGCUUGAGGAAGCAAAGGCCAAGAUACGAGAGUUUGAGACGGAGAAGCGAGCUUCCACUACUCCUGUUCAGACGCCGCAGAUAGUACCGCGGCCUCGAUCGCAGCAAUCCAAGGCCCAGCAGCAGCCGCCGCCGCAAUCACACUCGCAGCCAACACCACAACCACAACAGGUGCAUAUGCAGCAGCAGCCACAGCAGAUACAGGUCCCACCACAGUCACGCCAUCGGCCACAUGCCGCUCAGGCACAGGCCUUGCCUCAUGCUUCUCAGCAGCUGCAGCGUCAACAAUCCAUACCAAACCACCGCCAACAACUACAACAACUCAACCAGGGCCUCCCUCAUGGCAUAAGAAGCCCACAGCAGCAACUGGCCUACAAGAUAGGUAGUCAAUCACCCCAACAACGCCUACCGAACGCACCGCAACAACCGCAGCAGACGCAGCCACAGCAGAUUGGGCCCCCGCAACAAUCUCUGACACCGCAACAACAGUUUCAAGCGGCAGCAGCGCAGCAGAUGCAGACUACGCAGCUCCAAACACACCAAAACUACUUUACCGCCAACCACUCCAACCACUCUCCGUACGGCGCCCUCCACCGACCCAUGUCGCAGAACACGUUGCCAGUCAACACCAUGGCCGCUCAGCCCAUGGUGGCGCAGAAUAGCGUUUCGGCACAGCCAAAUGCACACCUACCGCAGACGCAACCUCAACAGCCACCCGCACCUACCAUUGAUACGAACAACGGGUUUGGGCGCGGCGACUUUGCAUGGGCACCGAAUGGAUACUACGGGUACCAUAGCACUGGAACGACGCAGCAACAACAACAAAACCAACAGCAGAAUCAACAACAGCAGCAGCAGCAGCAGGACCAGUGGACCGCAGCAAGGGGGCCAGGUGUGUUCAGAUGAGCACCGCACAGCCUAUUUCUUGACAUCAAAGGCGGCUGAUUACUAUUUUACGAGACAAAUAUUGCUGUUACCUUAGCGAGUUAUCAUGAUCUAGCAAGUUUGGCGUUGAGCAGGAUAUAUACACAUACCAGAUACCCAGGAUAUACGAAUAUGAAUGAAGGAAUGAUCAUCCACUGCAUGAGACUUGUCGAGCAAAACCAGA